AUGAGCCUAGCUUCUGAUGAUAAAGAGUCCAUUUUGCCGACUUCCAAAGACUAUGGAUCUACCCCACUAAGCCAAGAUAAUAGCGAAGACCUGGUGGCUGUGAACGAAAAGGGCGACAUAGAUACUUCCAACAAGAAAAAGUACUACGAAUCCAAUGCUGGAGAUGGUUCCAGAGCUGAAGAUCAACAUCUUACAGGCUUGACUUUGGCAGUGACGUUAGUGUCUUGUGUUUCGUGUUUGUUUCUAGUUGCAUUGGACCAGACCAUCGUGUCCACAAUCUUAACGCAGGUUGGAGAUAAGUUUAAAGAGUUCGAGAAAAUCGGAUGGUUAACAUCAGGUUACCUUUUGCCUAUGGCUACAUUGGCUCCUUCUUAUGGUAAGGUGGGGAUUGCCUUUGGUAGAAAAUAUACCCUUCUUGUGGCCGUAAUAGUGUUUGAGAUCGGCUCCUUGAUCUCAGGAUUGUCAAACUCCAUGAGCAUGUUGAUUGGUGGAAGAGUUAUCCAAGGUAUUGGUGGAGGUUGUGUCCAAGCAAUGGUAGUUGUCAUUUUGACAGAGUCUGUGCCUAUUUCCAGACGUCCUUUAUCGUAUAUGUUACUUGGGGUCACCUUCUCUCUUUCCUCUGUAUUGGGACCUUUCAUUGGUGGAGCUUUCGCUACACAUGUUUCGUGGAGAUGGUGCUUCUACAUUAACAUUCCAAUUGGUGGUAUGGCUGCAGCCUUGUUGAUUUUCGGCUUCCAUCCUCCAAAACCCGAAGGAAAUAUUAGACAGAAAUUGGCCAAGAUUGACUAUUCGGGAACCUUCUUGCUCACUGUGGGAUUGGUGUUGGUCUUGUUAGGUCUUACCUUUGGUGGUAUCGAUUUCCCUUGGAAGUCUGCUGCCGUUAUUUGUUCUUUUGUAAUUGGAGGUUUGUUCCUCAUAGCAUUCUGUGUCUGGAACUUCAAGUUUUCGAAGAAUCCCAUCAUCAUCCCGCAGAUCGUGAGGAUUCCUCCCCUUAUGGCUGCAUGCAUCUCUGGAUCUUUCAACUUUGGCUUUUUCUUGGCCAACUUUACGUAUUUGGCUGUCUAUUUCCAAGUCAUAUUCGGUGCCACUGCUUGGAAAUCUGGUGUGGAUUUGCUUCCCAUGAUUAUUGCCGUUACCAUGACUUCAAUCUUGAACGGAGUGUUCAUCAAGUUCACCAGAUACGUCAAAAUUACCAUGUUGAUUUCUGGUGUCUUGGGCCCAGUCGGUACAGGGUUGCUUUUGCUCCUCAGAAAAGAUUCACCAUUGGCCGACAGAAUCGGUUUAUUGAUUCUCUGUGGUAUCUCGAUUGGUUUGCAGUUCCAAAGUUCCAUGUUGGCAACCCAAUUGUGUGCUCCUCCUGAUAUCACCGGUUCUUUGAUUUUGAGUACCAUCUUCCUCAACUUCCUUAAAUCCACUGCAGCAGCCAUUUCUGUUUCUUUGGCUCAACUUAUUUUCCAAGCAAGUGGUACUUCAUACAUAAAAAGUUUGGUAAACAGUUUACCUCGUGAUUCCGCUGAGUAUCAAGCAUUGUAUGGUAUUCCACCAAAGGACCUUAUUUCAACCCCUAGAAUCAUUAACACAUUGCCUGAAUCGGCCAGGCAAAUGGUAUUGGACCAGUUCAUGAGAGCAUUGCACAAUGUCUUCUACUUGGGACUAGCAUUUUCGAUCGUGGCUCUCAUCGGUGCUGUCUUCACCACAAACAAGAAGAUUCCAAAGGCUUCAGAUAUUGCCAAGAACAGCGAUGUAGAAAAGGGCAACAAGGAUGCUGCUACCACCGAAGAGUCGGAAAUCAUCAGUCAGAUCGAAUCCACUGCAAAGGAUCAAGAAUAA